AUGCUAGCUCAUGAAGUGGUAGGUGGGCAGGGCGACCUCAACCCGAGAUGGAAGUCGAAGAUCGACACGCAUGCACCCGAAUACAAGAAGAACCGGCUGGAGAUGGAAGGGCUCGUCGAUGAGUUGCACGAGCGACUGCGAUUGAGCCUCAAUCAAGCGCGUGAUCGUAUCGAGCUGGUGCUCGAUCAGGACUCGCCGUACCUCGAGCUGAUGCCCCUCGCCGGCUACGGCCAAGACGGCAUCGAGCUGGGUGGGUCGCUCGUGGGCGGCAUCGGCCUCGUCUGCGGAGUGGAGUGCAUGGUGUCGGCCAGCGUGAGCACCAUCAAGGGCGGAGCGAUGAACGAGAUAUCGGUGAUGAAGUCGCUGCGCCUGAGCGAGAUCGCCUACGAGAACCGACUGCCCUGCAUCGCCCUCAUCCAGUCGGCUGGAGCCGAUCUGCGGCAGCAGGACAAGGUGUUCCACAGAGGCGGCGCAGCCUUUCGAGAGCUUGCCAAGCGGGCCAAGGCCGGCCUGCCCACCAUCAGCGUCGUCUUUGGCAGCAGCACGGCCGGUGGAGCGUACAACCCGGGUAUGUCCGACUAUGUGAUCAUGGUCAAGAAUCAGGCCAAGGUCUUCCUUGGCGGCCCUCCGCUGGUGAAGAUGGCCACCGGAGAGGAAGUCGAUGACGAAAGUUUGGGCGGAGCGGACAUGCACAGCCGGGUGUCCGGCGUGUCGGACUUCUUGGCAGUCAACGAGCACGACGCCAUUCUGAAGGCACGCCAGGUCGUUCACAACCUGCACUGGACGAAGAAGACUGCACUCCCAAGGAACCACUUCAGCGAACACAUCGAAGAGCCCUUCUACGACCCCGAGGAGAUAUUGGGGGUAGCGUCGGCCAAUAUCCGAAUCCCGUUUGACGUGCGCGAGGUGAUCGCCCGCAUCACGGACGGUUCGCGCUUUACCGAGUUCAAGCCCCUCUACGGCUCCACCCUCGUCACGUGCUUCGCCAAGGUGUUUGGCAUUCCUGUCGGCAUCAUCUCCAACAACGGUGUGCUCUUCAGCGAGGCGGCGUGCAAGGGCACGCAGUUCAUUGAGCUGUGCAACCAGCGGGACAUCCCCAUUCUCUUCUUCCAAAACAUCACCGGCUUCAUGGUCGGCAAGAAAUACGAGGAGGGAGGCAUGAUCAAACACGGCUCGAAGUUUAUCAAUGCCGUCUCCAACAGCGGAGUGCCGCACAUCACCAUCCUCAUGGGCGCAUCCUACGGCGCCGGCAACUACGGAAUGUGUGGCCGAGCGUACAAACCGCGAUUCCUCUUCUCGUGGCCCAACUCCAAGUGUUCGGUCAUGGGCCCCGACCAGCUCACAGGGGUGAUGGAUAUCGUGUUCCGAGAGGCUGCCAAGAAGGCCGGCAAGACGAUCGACGAGCAACAGGCCACGAUGCGGAAGGAGAUGUUCAGGCAGAUCGUCGAGGACCAGUCGAGCGCCUACUACACGUCUUCCCGAAUCAUCGACGAUGGCAUCAUCGACCCGCGGGACACGCGCAAUGUGCUGGGUCUGUGUCUCUCGGUGGUCUACUCCGGCGAGGUCAAGGGCGACAACACCUGUGGCGUCUCACGCCUGUAG